UAUCCGAUAAAACCCGUGCCAUCCCAACAACAAACAAUCGCAAACCCCCCAAAUCAAUUCAAACUGCCUGCAUCCUUCGUACGCAUACCAUGCAAGAUUCUUCCAUUGAACAUCAAUGUCGAUUCGAAUGAUUUGCCUCCAAUUUAUCAAUAUAUUAACGCAUAUCUCUUCAUGUUCUUGAUUGAAAUGGCAUCAUCAGGCUACCCAUAUUCGUAACUUACUUCAUCAACAAGGAACGUGUCUUCAAUCAUACCUAGUCUCACACCCACGAUUCUUGAUUAAAUGAUUCGAAUUUACAACAAAAUGGGUGUUUCUUGGUAAUGCACGCCACCUGUUUGAUGAAUUGCCUGAACGAAACCUGAAUCUGUAUUGGGUCAUCUCCAAUGGGGGAAACUGAUGGGGAUAAAGAGGAGAAAAGUAGUGCUGAUUUGUUGAAGAAUACCGCGUCGAAUAUAAUGAGAUUGGCUGAUGAAAUACAUCAGUGUGAGGGGAGAAAGAAGUAUCUUGCACACACCAAAAGCCCAUCUGAUGGGGGUGAUGUUAGGUGGUAUUUCCGUAAGGUUCCGAUGGAGAAAAAUGAGGUAGCUGCUGCGGUCCCGCGUGCAGAAACAGUAGAGAAAAGUGAAUAUUUUCGAUUUGGUAUGAGAGAUUCUCUUGCAAUAGAAGCAUCAUUCUUGCAGCAAGAAGAGAAAUUGCUAUCUAUAUGGUGGAAAGAAUAUGCUGAAUGUAGUGACGGUCCAAAAGGGUCACCGGCUUCAGUUUCCAAAUCAGAUCCGCUGCUAAAACCGUUUCCGUUAGAGGACUCGAAAGCAGCAGAACCGUAUUUUAAUGAGGAAGAAAGAGUCGGUGUCCCUGUGAAAGGAGGCUUGUAUGAGGUAGAUUUAGUAAGAAGACAUUGUUUUCCUGUUUAUUGGGAUGGAGAUAAUCGUCGUGUUUUAAGAGGCCAUUGGUUUGCUCGUAAAGGGGGUCUUGAUUGGCUGCCACUUCGUGAAGAUAUUUCCGAACAACUGGAGUUUGCUUAUCAUAGUAAAGUUUGGCAUCGAAGAACAUUUCAACCAUCUGGACUAUUUGCAGCUCGAGUUGAUAUGCAAGGGUCUAGUCCUGGGCUUCAUGGUCUUUUCACCGGAGAGGAUGAUACAUGGGAGGCUUGGUUAAAUGUUGAUGCCUCCGGAAUCUCGAGCAUUGUUAAGUUCGGUGGGAAAGGCGUUAAAUUAAGACGUGGUUAUGCUCCAUCGAAGUCACCAAAGCCGACCCAGGAUGAGUUACGACAACAAAAGGAGGAAGAAAUGGAUGAUUACUGUUCCCAGGUUCCAGUUCGGCAUCUAGUGUUCAUGGUUCAUGGUAUCGGUCAAAGGUUAGAAAAAGCGAAUCUAGUCGAUGAUGUCGGCAUUUUCCGCCAUAUUACCGCCAGCCUUGCUGAACAACAUUUGACAUCGUACCAACGUAGAACUCAGCGGAUUCUUUUCAUUCCAUGUCAGUGGAGGAAAAGUUUAAAGCUUAGUGGUGAAUCUGCUGUAGAAAAAUGUACAUUACCUGGUGUACGUGGAUUACGUGUAACUUUAAGUGCGACGGUUCAUGAUGUUUUAUACUACAUGAGCCCCAUCUACUGCCAAGAUAUUAUUGAUUCGGUUUCGAAUCAAUUAAAUAAGUUAUAUUUAAAGUUUCUUAAGAGGAAUCCUGGUUACGAUGGGAAGGUUUCUUUAUACGGUCAUUCUUUAGGAAGUGUUCUUUCUUACGACAUUCUUUGUCAUCAAGAAACUUUGACUUCACCGUUUCCAAUGGAAUGGAUUUACAAGGAUAAGAUUAAGUACGAAAGUUGUACACCGAAUGACAUGAAAUCAUCUGGUCAUGAUUCACGGGGCAAGAAUUUCAAUGAUAUUGUCACGUUGGAUCAAGUUGGUCUUGGAGUUGACCGUGGUCAAAGUGAAACGGUGUCUGGGGAGGAAGAUGGCCCGGAUGAUUGCAAAAAAAUCGAUGGUGAAGUUUUAGCUUGUGGCUUGGAUCAAACCGAUGAGGAUGUAUAUCGGCAUGAUGAAAAUACCACAGUUAACUCACUGAGGGAUGAGAUUGACCGUUUGAAUGCCAGAAUUAAAGAGCUAGAAUCAAAGAAGGCUGAAGGUGGUCAAGCAGUGGAAAAUGAAAGUGUUUCCAAAGGUUCUUCAUGUCACCAAAAUGAGACACUAAAGAGUUACACGCCCCUUAUAAAGUACACAAAGUUGGAAUUCAAGGUUGAUACAUUCUUUGCUGUGGGGUCUCCUCUUGGUGUGUUUCUUUCCCUUCGUAACGUCCGUAUAGGAAUCGGGAAAGGAAAAGACUAUUGGGAUAAUGAAAAUAUAAUUGAAGAAAUGCCAUCUUGUCGGCAGAUGUUCAACAUUUUUCAUCCUUUCGACCCUGUGGCAUAUAGAGUCGAACCACUUGUUUGUAGAGAUUAUUUCAACACGCGCCCGGUCAUUAUCCCGUAUCAUAAAGGUGGAAAACGAUUGCAUAUCGGAUUUCAGGAAUUUGUAGAAGACGUUGCAUCAAGUUCCCACGGGGUAAUGGAGCGCAUGAGUUCUGUAAAGGGAAAAAUGCUGGCCCUAUUGGAUGGUGAUGUUGUUGGAGAAGAGACGACACCAGAAGAACCAGAAGUAGUGGAAAGAUCAUAUGGUUCAAUAAUGCUGGAGACGUUAACAGGGAGUGAAGAUGGGCGAAUCGAUCAUGUUCUUCAAGAUAAAACAUUUCAACAUCAAUACAUUUCCGCCGUGGGAGCACAUACAAAUUAUUGGAAGGACCUCGAUACUGCAUUAUUCGUGUUAAAACAUUUAUAUCGCGACAUACCAGAGGAACCCGAAGCACCAGAUGAAUUCAUGGAAAAUGAAUCAAAUGACGGAAAUAGUGACUGGAACGGGUGGUAUGAUACUGAAGAGUUAGCUGAGGAAGAUCUCCCUUUAACCUUUUCGAAUAUUAAGUCUGUGAAAAGGUUCACUAGGAGAGCCAAAAGUUUUAUUGGUCCCUAACUUUUUUACUUGUAUAAAUGCCGUAAAAACAUUGUAGUUUGCAAGAAUGAAGGAUUUUAGACGAAUUAUCAUAAGAUUAAUUAACCAUAAAUUUAUUUGAAAAAAAAAAACGCUCAUUCUUGAGAACUGUAGUGUCGUUAUUGCAUUUUAACAAGAGCAAUUGAUCGUUUGCAACAGAAAUACGAGUACGAUUGUCAAAAAGUCGAUUGUGGCUUUUGCAAAGAUGCUUGUACAGUAUGUAAUAUAGGUUUAUUUAUCCAGGAUUGUACAUGUU